AUGAGUGUUUCGGAGAUCGUUUCCCAACUAUUUGAUGAGGAGGAACAAAAAUUCUUCUUGGCCCUCGACAACGAAGCGGAACGAAUUCUCGAAUUCUACCUGGAGCGCGAGCAUGAGGCGACAGAGCGCUUCUCCACGCUGGUAGAGCAGCUGAUUGAGCUCACAGAGCACCGUCGUGAAUUCAAGGCCAAAACCAAGAAGAUUCCCAACGGGCAGCUGGGCCUGCAGCGCCUCCUGUCUAAAGUGCCACGCGGCUUGGAUAGCGACGAGGUACACCGGCUGAAGCUCAGCACGCAGAACCGGCAACCGCAAAAGCCGCAUGAUGUGUCGUCCAGCGAUGACGACGACGGUGACAAGCGCCGUGCCGAGGUCAUCGAGCACAUACAAAACCUGCACAUCAGCGAAAUGCGGGCUGCAUCACCUGCACCAUCAGUGCUAGUGCACGAUCCGGUCGAAUACAAGGCGGCGCGCAAAAAGCUGCGAACUGCUGUCAUUGAAAACUAUCGCGCAUUGGAAAUCCUCAACAACUACCGCAUUCUCAAUCGUAACGGUUUCAUCAAGAUCCUGAAGAAAUUUGAUAAGACUAUGCAGUCGCAGAUUAUGCAAAAGUACUACGACGAGCGUGUGGCGCAUACGCCCAUUGUCCAAUCUGAUGCCGUGCCAAAGAUGUUGACGGCGCUGGAGGAGAUUUUUACAGGCUAUUUCGAGCACGGCGACAAGAAACGCGCACGCGAUGUGCUCCGGGAGGGUGCAUCCCAUACAAUGAUGGGGCAUACGACAUUCCAUUACUCGAGUGCAUAUCGUACCGGCGUAUUUAUGGGCAUCGCACUCUGUCUCACAAUUGAAGGCCUGCGUUACGCCAUGCAGGAACGUGUGCAGGCCGUGCUGCCACAAUGGCAGCAGCUGCUCGUCGUCUAUGGCAUGGAGUUUCUGCCGACCCUGUUUGCGCUGAUGUUUGGAUUAAAUCUAAUUGCUUGGCAGCGCGUGCGGAUCAACUCAGUGUUUAUCUUUGAGCUGGACGCGGGCAAUGCUCUUGAGCCGUGGCAGUACUUUGAGCUUCCCGCACUGCUCCUUCUGCUUCUUUCCAUUUGCUUUUACUUGACCUUCUCGACGCCCACUACCAGCCCUGUCAUUUCGCCCACCUCCUGGCCGGUUGUGUGGCUUGUAGCACUGGUGCUCAUCGUGUGCAAUCCACUUCCAAUAAUGCACAAGUCGUCGCGCAUGUGGUUUCUCCGCACGCUUGCGCGCGUGGGCAACGGUGGCGUCUUCACCAGUGUGGAAUUUCGCGACUUUUUCAUUGGCGAUGAGCUGAACAGUCUGUCGUAUUCGUUCAUGAACUUGUGGUUGCUUGGCUGUGAGUACCAGCAUCAUUGGCGUAUGCCAUCGCAGUGCAGCACGUCGGUGAGCUGGUGGGUGCCCGUGCUAGGAGCACUGCCUGCCUUUCUGCGUCUUACGCAGUGUUUCCGUCGUUAUUCGGACAGCCACCGCAUGGUGCGCAUUCACUUAGUGAAUGCGGCCAAGUAUGCUUCGUCGAUUCUCAACGUGUUCUUCUACUUCCUCUACCGGCACCAUGGCUCGCAGGGCACGGCUUCCUUUGCAUUGUGGAUCUUGUUCGCUUCGAUCAACUCGGUGUAUACCAGCAGCUGGGACCUGAUCAUGGACUGGAACCUAUUGCAGUCGAACGCGCGCUACCCCCUGCUUCGCUCGCACUUGGCUUUUGACGAUGUAUGGCCAAUGUACUAUGUUGCCAUGGCGACCAACGUGUUUAUCCGCUUUAUUUGGGUGAUCUAUCUGUUUGGCGGGCCGGCCAGCUUGCCGCUGCGCUCGUUCUUGGCCGCCUUGCUCGAAAUGCUCCGCCGCUGGCAAUGGAAUUUUAUCCGCUUGGAAAACGAGCACCUGGGCAACGCUGAUUCGUUCAAGAUCAUCCGUGACUUGCCGCUGCCUUACCCUGUGAAGCGCAAGCCACCUAGCGAUGACGGCGAUGACGACGAGGAAGAGGACCGCAGGUCGUUCAUACUGGGGUCGAUCAAGGGCAUAUCUAAGAAGAGGGACUUGCAGGAGCAGCGUACGAUCGACACGCUGGAGAACGCGAAGCAGAACCUUGAGUCUGUCCGGCGCCGACAACGCCUCGAGACUGCGGUAUAA